UUCAAAGUAGUGUGGGUCAUCAUGGCUUUGGUCAUCAAAUAUCGGACGUAUUAAAAUUAAAAUCUACUAAAUCCUGCUUCUUUGCGUUACUUAGACGUAAAAACGGAAAGAUUACCCUUUGAUUUUAUGUUUGUGUAUAUGUCACGUUUUGCGUUCUUGUACAGCGUGACCGUGUCAACAACCCUGCUUUCAAGAACUGUCUUCAUUCAGAAUGGCGGCGUUGUCGCGAGCAAAGUCCAUUCAGCUUAUYGUAACYGGUGUUUUGAUGGUCCUUUUUAGCUGCGGWCUAUUUGGAUUGCUGUAUAUGAUACACAGUGAUAAAUACGAUUUUGGGAAGAGCGAUAUAUUCAAUAGAAAGACUUCAUUUUGGGUAGCUAUCCCGAUAACCACUACCGGUUUGGUAGGCGUUCUUGCUGGUAUUACAACCAAGACUUCCCUUGUGACCUUGUACUUGAURACCACACUGGUUUCAACCGGUUUAUCAGGUUUGGUGUCAGUGGGAUAUGGUUUACGGGUCAACAACAUACGUGCUGGUUGUGGUGAAGACAGCACUUGCAAGAAUUCAGACACUGUUGUACUACUGGGCACAAUCGUCCUUCUGUCAGCUAUACUCUURACUAUAUCAUUACUAGCUGCAGUCAAGGCAUGCCAGGCAAAGUGGGGGCCCUCUAAGAACCAACGGAAGAAGCGAGCCAUCAACGCKGUCGAAUAUACCAAGAACAACAAAGAUCCUGCUCUCGUACCAGUACACGGUAGAKCCAAUCYYGGGGCUGAAAUACAAGCCAAUGGUGGCUCAACAAAUGAAACAAAUCAUGCUUAUGAGAGCUUACAGCCAGAUAGGAUCACAAAGCAUGAUGAUGCUCAACCAGAUAAGAUCGCAGGGAAUGAUGGUAAAUCUCCAUCAGAAAAAACCGCUAAGGAUGAUGGAACCUCUUCGAAUCAAGCCGUCGAGGAUCAUGGUAUAUCUCAGUCAAAUGAGACCGGAAAGGAUGAUGGGACKUCUCUGGAUAAACCYGAAGAGGAUCAUGGUAGAUCUCAAUCAGAUACGACCGCAAAGGACGMUGAUACCUGCCAAAUUCAUAGUCCCCCAAAGGAUGACGGGAAGAGUGCUUACUAUGAAGCGAUGGAUGAAMAGACRGMAACAAGUCCACAUUAUGAAUCUCUUGAUGAAAAUACAAGAAAUCAAGAUGAAUAUGAAGAAGUGAAAGCAAAUGGAGCUGUUAAAGUCAAUGAAGCUUUUGAAAGCGACGAAACUGCCUUUUGAAUACGCGCGGUUGUGAUAGCAUUAGACUGUUCGACGACAAGACGUGAGAAUGUCUUGCAUUUAGGUAUCUUARUUAUUAACAGAAAAAUGAUAACUUAGUUCAACAUUCAAAACGUAGAUAUUUAGAGGACAUAGAAACGAAAUCAACAAGAGGUAGCAUGAAAUACCACUAUAAAUCACUAAAUAACACGGUAUAAGACCUUGUUUUUAAUCCAAAGACAACUUGGAACUAACCAAACAUAACAUAAUUCAUUUUUAUUUAAAAAAACAUGUACAACCCUUUAAAACCAUAUUUACAAAAUUUUUAGAAAUAAAUAUCGAUGGGACUUGAUCCAAAUGUUUCAGUGCACCUUGCAGCGCCCGCGCCACAAGUGACAUGAUCUUUGUUGACUGCAUUUCCAUAGAAACAAUAGUAUAUAUAUAGUAACAACAGGAAAUAAGCAGCGACGCCAUUUUGUACACUAAAGCAUGAUGGGAGUUGUGGUUCUCUCCUAGAAAAUCUCCCUAAAAGCCGUUUUUAUUUAUUUUUCUUGUAGAAACGGAACAGGUAUUUCUAUUUUUGCAGAGAAAAAGCCAGAACGGCUUGAGACGACUGUUUAGCGGACAAAUAAUUGUUAGAAACACAACUCCCAUCAUACUUUGCUGCAUAAAGUGUCAUCGCUGCACAUAGGAUAUUGAUGCUUUUAUAGCUUCCUACAAAAAAUUGUAUCAAAAAAUUGAUAUAAUUUGAUAAUUUGAUUCGUUGUAUGGCUAAUUAGUUCUUUUGACAAUAUUAUAUUACUCAUCUUUGCGUAAAAGUUCAAAAAGAACGCAUGCUUGCGAACAAUAAAAUAUAUAUAUAAUACA